GCUCUCUUCUCCGCGCUAACUUUGCCGAGCCCGGCCGGUGCAGAGCUCCAGUGGCUGUUGGGUGGCGGACUGCAGACAGAGGGCUGAGCUGGAGUCUCUGUCCCCUCGCUCCAGACCUUUUCAACUCCCAGCCCCUGUCUUAGCUUUGCGCCGCAGCCUUUGCUUUCUCCGCACUCCCCGGAGAAGACAGGACGAUGCCCGGGGCUGGGUACCACGUCCCAACCGCGGCGAAAUGGUUGGGUACCGGGCUUUUGGGAGUAGCUUUCCUCCUGUUCCCUUGUUCCCUGACCCUGGAGGUAUCUGUGGGGAAGGCUACCACCAUCACAGCUGUAAAUGGAACAGAUGUCCUGCUGCCUUGCACCUUCUCCACCUGUAUGGGCUUUGAAAACUUACAUUUCUGGUGGACAUUCAAUAACUCAGAGGAGUUCAAAAAUCUGCUUGAUGGGACAGUGAAGAAUGAAAAGUCAGAACCAAAGAUUAGGUCGAACAUCGACCCGUCACGCAUUGAGAUGGCUGGCUCUGUGAAGGAGAAAAAGAACAACAUCUCGAUUUUGAUUCUUAACCUAGAGUUCUCUGACAAGGGAAAGUACACUUGCCGCGUGAAGAAUCCCAAGGAGAAGAAUGCCCAGCAUGAAGCUACCAUCUCUCUCAUUGUUGUUGACAAGUUGGUGAAAGUAGAUAACACCGUGACGAUCAUCAUCCUCUCCGUUGUGGGUGGUCUCAUUGGACUUCUUAUCGUCAUCAUGUUGAUUAAGAAGUUUGUUACUUUCAUCAUUAAGAAGACCCAAGAAAAGAAGAAGGAAUGCCUCGUGAAUUCAUCGGGGAAUGACAACACCGAGAACGGAAUGGCUGGCUCCAAAGCAGAACAGAAAGGAACACCAAAGUUGUAAGCCUCUGGCCUCGAGGCCCAGGGGAUACUGCAGUCAACACCACAACUACAGAGUCUCUAUUUUUGUUAACAAAAAUGAUGCUUGGGCCGUGUCUAUAGAACCCACGUGCCUGUGACACCCGCUGCUUAGCUCAGACUGGAAUCCCCUAGGGGUGGGGAGCAAUGGGGCCUAUUUAGACUGGCUCCCUUAGCUGUAGCCUCUCACAUCUUUUCUCUCUUUCCUCCUCCUUCCAGAGAUGCAGAUAAGUCAGGCAAAGAAGGAGAGAGGGGGCCGGGGGAAGUCUUGUGGUUGAGGGGGUGGUGGAGGGCAGGGAGAAGCAGUACAGGAGCACUGUGUGGGACUCAGCAUUGGGAUAGCAUCAGAAUGGGCCACCCUAAGGCUUGGGUGUGUGCAGAUGAGGAUCUUCUCUUCCAGUCACCCCUCUCUACCCUGAUUUUUCUUCCCUAAUAGCUGAGAAGCUCUUCCCUCUGUGUUGGGAAUGGGCAAAGCUCGUACUCUGGUCCCAUCACAUCCCUUGCCUGACCUGCAGACCUUCUGUCUUCCUGGUCAAGGCAGGACCAUGGCCAGUUCAUUGGGAGCUCCAAUUCUGGGUCCCCUUCCCACCAGGAUUCCUUCCCUUUCUUUCCAUAGCAAGAGGUGUCAUCUUGCUUGGGGUUCUGAGUGCCUGUCUUCUUUUGUCUCCUUUGCCCCUCCCAUAAGACGCCCUCUCCAUUCUGACCUCUUUCAAUAGCUUCUUCUUUUUCCUCAUCCCAUUCACCCCCUACCUCCAAAGGCUUAUUCAGUACCACCCCCCAUCCAAAUAAAGGACUCAUACCCUCUGGGUACUGUAAGAUCCUUUCUAUGGAUCUGGGAGGGGGGAGACAUGGAAGAGUCCCUAUGGUGCCAUGGGGGUCAUUUGCAGUCCUGAACAUUGAACUCUGGGAUGGAAGUCAACUGGGCAGGAACCAUAUCCUUUUUGUGUGUGUUGGGGGGAGUACGUGGGGUUAGAGGAAUGGAUCAUUUCAGGUGUUGGUGUUUCUAGGUGUAGGACUUUUGGGGAUAUAGCCUCCUAUUUUGCAGGGUAACUAGUAUCUCACCCCGGCCUGCAGCUCCACAGCCAGAGUUGGGAGGAGAGGUACAUGGGGCAUCUUCUCAUUACCUCAGGCCUAGUGCUCUCUCAGAAAUGGGAAAGUUGCAUUUUAGAGGCCUGAGCUGGGCCACCCUACACCUCGGGCCACUGGGAGAUGGGGAAAAGGGAGAACCCUGGCUCCUUGGCCUGGAAUCAUGUCAGGCACUAAACCCUUCCUCCUUUCUCUGAAUCUGUAGCUCAGGGGCCCAAGUUCCUAUGUUACUGAGAGAACUAACCUAGACAAGGGCAGAGACUUUGAGUCCCAGCUCCCUAGGGGACUGGAAGCUCUGACCUAGCCUUAGUUCCCUGGUGCCUAAAUUCCCCUAUUGGGAAGGGCCAUGGCCUGUGCCCCAGGCCCAAUCCACCCCACCUGUCCCUGGGAGCCCAUAUCUCUUUGUCAUGGCAGGACUAUGGCUAAUUCAUUGGGAACCCACAUCCUGUCUGUCUCCCCCCAGCCCCUCAGAUCCCUUUUUCUUCCUUUUUGGAGAAAGGCUGCCAUGUUGCUGGUGAUUCUGAGCAUCCUCUCCCCUCAUCUCAUUUUCACUCUUUCUGCUACUCUUCCUUCUAGCCAGUUGUCUCUUUUCCCCACAGCUGUUUGUCUCUCCCCCAUGCAUACAGCCCAUGCAUGAUCCCUAAAUAAAGGGCUAGAAACUCCUUUAGGUAUCCUCAGUUUCUAGUGGCAGACUUCAGAGUCUUCCUUGCUUCUGUUGAGAGGUGCCUUGGGUUUGCUGGCUACCACUCCCUGCUUCAGUAUUAGGUUUUCAGUCUCAGCCUGCAUUACCCUCUCCCCAGGGUUGGGAUGGACCUAGGAGAACAGGCACCCAUGAUUAUGAUUAUUAUCAUUAUUUUUGCUGUUCUAAGAACUAGUAUGCACGUCCCUAUGAGUGGGGACAGUCUGUGCCUUAGACCCUUGGUAUUUUAGUAUAUGCCCUGGGAGAUAGAAAGUUGCAUUUGGCAUGGGAGGCAGGGAAGAGUCCUCCAAACCCAUUCUGGCUCACACAGAGGGCAUUGGCCUGGGAAAAGGAGGAGUGAGUAGGGCAUGGGAGCUUGUAAUUAGGAUGUUUUAGCUUGGUCCCUUGCCAAUUAACUUGGUCCUAUGGUGCUUCUGAUGUGAGAGGGGUUUUGGGGAUGUGGUGUGUGAAUGAUUGGAGUAAUUGGGUGAGAUGGUGGUUGAGCUCUGAGAAUCCAUAUGCCUGUGCCUCAAAGCAGUAGAUAGAAGGGGUCCAGUGAAGGGAGGGUAGUGGGGAUGGUGAUAUCAAUAUUAUGUUAUAGCACCAACACAAGCCAACUAACCCCAUCCUAUCCUCAAUGGUGAGACUGUACAUGGUUCCCUCAUUUAGAUUUUCUAGACUCAAUUUCUGUGGCUUUCCCAGGAAGUGCCAGAGUUUCUCUUAUUUCAUUUUCACCAAUCAAGUACCUAUGGUAGCUGCCUCUGAGGACUCCCUGGGACAGAAUUUCCCAUUCCACGGAAGAUAAAGGAAAGAAAAUCAUAGAGCUGGGAAGCAGUACCCAGAGUCCUCCCCUUAGGCCAACUUUUAGCAGGGGCCUAUGUCCUGGCUCCACUCACUCUAAUCCUGGCUCCUUGUUUCCCAGAGCUUUCUGCCUCAUGCUUGGUGCCGUGCACCCCUUCCAGGCUUCCCAUUCCCCCCUCUUUCUGCUCCUACAAUUGCUCCCGUUCUGUCCGGCUUUGAUUAGGCCAGGUUUUAUAUACAAGUUCGGACUUCCAUGGGUGAAAAGCCCUUUGGCAGUGGAUAGAUCAGGGCUUCCAACCAUCCAGCAAAUACCUCUUGUAGCUGUCUUCAUGGAAAACUACUUUCUUUUUUCUUUCUAGCCUCCUCAUUAAGCACAAGUCAAGGGGGAAAAAGAUCUUGGGGUCUAGUAGUUAGGGUAGUUUGAGAGGACAGAAAAAGACAAGUGAGAUCUUUUCAUUCCCAGCUCUACCACUUACUUGCUCGGUGACCCUGGGCAAGCCACUCGCCUUCUCUGGGACUCAGUUUUCCCCAUCUGUAAAAUGGGAGUAAUACUGCUUACCUACCUCACUGAGGUGUUGUGAGGCUUGACCAGUUCUUGACUAUAAAAAAAAAGGUUUUGACUCGGGAGUCUCCAGGAGGCAGAGUAGUAUGAUCAGAGAGAUCGUUCAGUGGGUGAGUUCCUUUUCUUCAUCCUUGUCUCCCCCACCGCUGCACAUGCGUCCUUGGAAUUCUCUUCACUUUGAGGAUGGUGGAAACAUUAUCUAUGUUGCUUAAAGAUCUUCUCCCAUGACCUUGGCCAUGUAGCAGGAAGUAUAUGUAGAACCACCACCCAAGCAUCCCCUGCAACGUUGGAGGAAUUCCAUGGAAGGGAAGGCAUAGGAUAACUGGUGAGGUUUCUGGGCUGAAAGGGAGCCUACUUUGCCAAGUUGUACUUGGAUGCCCACAACUUAAAUUCACUUGUCACUGACAGGAUCUCUUGGGGCUCGGUAUCUUUCCUGGGCAAAGGAAGGUAGUUGAACUAGAUUGGCAGCCUUUGUUUCUAUAGGCUUUGGGCUCAUGGGGGUGUCAUUUGGGGUUACCGCACAGGGCCUGUGAGUGCGUGGUAUCUGCAGAUGCUAAAAUGCUAUUGGGCCAGGGUCCUGGAAAGGCUUUGAUUUCAAAAGAGGGUCCUCAUCCUUAGAGGGAUUAGAAAUCCCUGGACUAGAUGAGGUGGAAGGCCCUUCCAGCUCUAAUAUUUUAUGAAUCUAUAAAAAAGACUGUUUGAGUGAUGAGACCAAAGAAAUCAAUUGGAGGCUGGUUCUCCCUUUGGCACUUCCUGUCCUUUCACAUCCGAAAGAAGGAUCUGAGUACUUGGCUUUGGUUUUCACACCUCUGUGGCUAUGAAUUCUAUAACUGGGGACUGAAAGGGCUUAUAUUGGUUGUAUUUCAUGGGGUAUACUUUUGGCUAGAUGGGUAUUUGUAAGUGGUGGCAGGAAGGGAGUACAUGUCUGAGACUCUGUGUAGUCUGUGUGCUUAUGCUUAUGGCAAGUGUUUGCGUGUAUGUGUGUGUUUCAAAUGUGUGCACGUGAGUAUCUAUAGGAUUACAUGACCAGCUUGCAUUUGGAAUACUGGUCAACAGGAAUUUAUUAAAUACUUGCUACGUGUGUGCCAGGCACUGUGCUAAGUGCUGGGGAUACAAAGGAGGCAGCAACACAGUCACUGCCCUCAGGGAGCUCAUAGUCUAAUGGGGGGAGACAGGAUAUUAACAACUGUGCAAAAUCUAGACAAAGUAGAUGGGAGGUGAUCUCAGAGAGCGGGCAAAGUGAGGAUAGAUGGUUGAUUGACAGCUGGUCUGCCCCGUUGAUGGCCACACAAUAUCAAGGGCUCACUGCUUUGUGACAUAGCCUUUGGAAGCUCAGCUUCACCUCUAGGCCAUGAUAAAGCACUGGACAGGAAAUAGGGAUUGGACUUCAGAUUUCAUCAGUACAGGGAACUGCUCAGUGAGGGCAGCUGGGUAGUGUGUUAGAUAGAGUGCUAGGCUUGGGGUAAGGAAGACCUGAGUUCAAAUCUGCCUUCAGAUACUUACUAGCUGUGUGACCCUGGGCAAGUCACUUCACCCUGUUUGCCUCAGUUUCUUCAUCUGUAAAAUGAGCUGGAGAAAGAAACAGCAAACCCCUCCAGUAUCUUUCCCAAGAAAACCCCAAAUGGGGUCACAACUGAAAACGAUUGAACGAUAGUAAGAAGUGAGGAAACUCCCUUUACCAGCACAGGUUGGCAUCUUAUAGCUUAGAGCACUGAGAAGAGCCAUACAAAUGUUUGUCGAAUUUGAAUGUGGAGAAGUUUACAUGUGCAGGGAGUGUGUGUCAAGGAGGCUGGGUAUGUAUGUGAAUGUGGUCCAUAAGUGUGUGUAUGGGAUGUGUGAAUAGGUAGGUGUAGGGAGUAUGUGGAUGUGAACGUGUGCUGAGGGAGUACAUGUAUGGGGGCUCAUACAUAGGGGAAUUUCUGGGGUAUGUGAGGGAGAAUGGGUGUAGGUCCAUGGAAGGAAUAUGAAUGCAUAUAAAUGUAUAGAAGAUGUAUGCACAUGUGGCUGUGGAGAUGGAUGGGACUGUAUAUGUAGUUUGUAUGUAUGUGUGUAGUAUGCAUGGCAGAGGUCAUGAGAGAGCAUGUGUAUUCCCCGUGAAAAUGAAUUUACGAGGCUUUGUAAUCAGAGGACCCGGCAAGGAGGCUGACAUUUAUGCAAGACACGUCAGAAGUCACCUUCCUUGGUUUGCUCGGUGGCUGUUAGAAUGCCCAGAAGCUGCCUGAGGAUUCCACAGAGUAGAAGCCCAUCUCAUAUCAUUUCAGGGAGGACAGCGACCAUGGCAGGCAGGGAGCACCCGAUGGGAGAGACUUUCUCUGGAGAAGUCCCUUGGGUCUCAGUACUUUUCUUUGUUCCAACCCAGAUUCCCACUGCCCACGUGAUAUGCAAUGCUUUUGACUCUACUGUGCAUGAUUUUUUCCUUUGGCUUGAAUGGAAAACAAUUCCUAUAAUCAGUUUUCCUAUGUAACCAUGUGGUUAUAUAAAUAACCUAUAUAACCAUGUCUUGAUAUGAUACACAUAUAGGCCUUGGGAAGUCUCUAGGCCUAGGGGCCUCUGGGGAAAUGCAGGCGUGUAUGUGUGCAUUUAUAUGUUUAUAUAUGUGUAUACGCAUACAUAUACAUAUAUAUUUGUGUACAAGCACAGAAAGAAAGGGUGGAAUCAGGAUGCUUUGCCUUUAUGAUACAUUUUGCACUGUAGAGUUUUAUUUAGCUUUGCCUUGAAUGAAAUAAAAAAAUUAUAUUUAAUAGAA